AUGGACGAUGCAACUACAGUAGAAGAACCGGGUUUGAAAAAACGUGAGUUUCAGUUGAUAAUCAGCGUUGAUUAUCAGUUGAAAAUCAAGGAACAAUGGAUGGGGGCGAAAAAAAGUCCGGGAAAUGUUGCAAUCUCUCAGAUAAGGGUCGUGUGACGCGCUUUGUUCAAAAGUGUCUCGUGGAAAUAUUACAGGAGCUGCGAAAUUAUAAAGUUUUUCAGUUUUAUUAGUCCAUUGAGUUGGACUUUGAGUUUUCUGCCGUUUUUAUUAUGUUUCCUUCUGCAAAAUAGAAUUCUCGAGAAGAAAAAUAGUAUAAUUUCAUAUCUUGUAAUUAGAAGUUUCGCUGGAAAUUGCCUCGAGGAAAGUAUUCAGGGACGAAUAUUUAAUGUAAAAAGAUUUUAAUGAAACUAGAUCUCCUCAAAACUGAUAUUUGCAGAUAUACGACCUUUCGCACUUGUUCGUCAGUUUGGACGGCGACUCCUACCUUUCUUUUGACCCGAAAACUCUUCUUUCCUACGUCGACAACGACAUCCAUCUCACUGAACCGGCUCUUCGUCUCAUUGCUCCGGUUUAUGAAAACAUCACGAAAGAACUGUUUUCCUGA